AUGGCUGACUACACCCCAAACUCUCAGAGCUUCUCGUUCUACACCAUUCCUCAGGAUAUCCUGCAGGGCACCCAAACCCACAACAUGAACAUGCCAGACGGCUAUGCGCCGGAUAUGAACGCGAAUGGAUGGUAUCUGCCCGAUGCCGAGACACUGGACACAUUCCAGUAUACAAACACAGGCUCCAACGAGUACCAGAUGUCGUUUGACGUGCCCGGUUUCGUCGCCGUGGUGCCAGACCAGCCACCGAGCCCAGUCGAUAACGCACCGACACUCUCGAACGACAGUGCUCCUCAGACUCUCGAGCUCAUGGACUCAGACCCUACGCGGUCCCUCCAACGCGACCUUGAGCGCAUGACAGAUGGUUUGUCCAAGGUUGAGGACUGUUUCCUGUUCAAGGGCGAAGUCAUCGACUUCGAUAACGAUACGUGGUUCAUGGAGCGGGGCCUGUGUAUCUGGGCGAGGAUCCUCCAGCCGGUCAUUGAGAAGUUCUACCAGAACAAGAUCAACCGCUCGGUCGGGCAGCUGCCUGUGCACACCGCAGGCGUUUGUGAUCCUAGCGCACCGAUCACGCAGGAACACAGCGACGCGCCGGGCGACGCGCGUGCCACCGAUGAUUCAGCUAUUCCAUACGGUCUUCCGACCCCUCCUCUCAUCCUCGACGCCCCACUCGACAUCCCUGACACCAACCCCUCGACGGACGUCGCGGCCACCGAACAAAGCACGCAGGUGGCGGUCACUGCCCCUUUCUACAGCUACCCUGAGACCAUUGUCAUCCCCGAUGCAGAGAACAUAGCCCCCGAACAAAGCACCACCGUCGGUGAACAAAGCCUCGCCUCUCUCGACGACCGUCGUGAUUUCCUCGAACCCUCCGAGCGCCCCACCAAGCGCACGAGGCUCGACACCGCGGCACCCUCUACCGUCGACCACACCAACUCGGCAGUGACCGCCCAUCACUCCUCCCGCCGCCAGCCUCGAGCGAAUAUCCGCCGUGCUCGCAAGCCCCUCCAACCACUUCGUCAGAACACCCCCCAGCUUCCCGCGGUCGAUGCCACUAGUCGAACCAACCACAACGCCGUCGAGGCUGCGCCUCUGGACGGUGCUGCCUCUACCUCGCUCAACGCUGCCGAACCUACCCCCAUCAACGCCACCGAUCCUACCCCUCUUGGCGCUGAACUGUCUACCCCGAACGCAGGCCUCGUACUCGGCUGGAAUGGGGAGGAGUUCCCUCACGACCCGGCCGUAGUCGCGCAGAUCGUGCAAGCAUACGCUUCCCUACCUACUGAGGGAGACGCGCUCCCACCUGCGGAAGGCGAUGCGCCUCUACCUGCAGAGGACUUCGCGCCUGAGCAACCGCAGGACUAUGCGCCUGUGCCUGAGCACCAGCAGGACUAUGCGCCUGCGCCUACGCAGAGCAUCGCGCAGGUGCCCCAGCAAACCUACGUGGACCCCGGCUUCUUCCCGCAGGUCCCGUACUAUGGCCCCCAGGCGUACGGAGGCUACACAUACGGCUUCGCACCUGCACCCAUUCCUGGCAGCUUCGCGCCUGCGCCCGUCUACGAGGGUGCACCGAUGACCGCUUACAAUGGCCUGUACAUGGACGCGUACGGCAACGCCUAUGUACCGCAGAUGGACCCACACGCGCACCAGCCCUUCACCUACGCUGGCCAGCCCAUCGCCUACGACAACCAGCCCGUUGCCUCCACUACGAACACCCAACUCCCCACGCCGCCGUCGACGAUGUACAGCUCGUCAAACGAUUCUUCGUCGUCGCUUAACAGCAACGCUUCGGCCUCUGCGUCCUCGGGCUCUCCCGGCUCUUCGUCAUCCAGCUCACCUGCAUCGGGGUCCUCCCCAGCCGGACCGUCGUCCAGCGGCAGCUCUUGCGCUAGCUCGUCGUCCUCCACCCCCGCCCCCGCGGACGUCGACGCCUCCGGCUUCAAGGACGGUGCUCUCGAAGCCAUCUUCGGCCCUUCCAGGCGCACCGAGUGUCGCUGGGUUGGGUGCGCGCGUGACCACGACUCGGACGACAACUCUGCGUCUUCUCCCUGCGAGUCCUCGUCCUCCUCUACAUGCACCGUCACCUUCACCCCGUACGACGCCGCGCACGCGCACACCGUCGUGCUCCCGCACAUCCUCUACCACCACGGCGCGCGCACCAAGCCUCUGCCCGAGGACAGCCGGCGCGCGCAAAAUCGCAAAAGUGCGGAGGCGUACAUGUGCCAGUGGAUGGUAAAAGACCUCGAGGCCGGUCUGGAUGCGGAUGGCAGGCCGCAGAUGCGCAUCUGCGGCGCCCCGGCGGGCAGCCCGUCAGACAAAAAGGGUCUCUCGAGGCAUAUCGCGGAGACCCAUUUGGGGAGGACGAGAAACGGGGCGAAGCCGAAGCCGACGACCACGCGCGCGAGGAAGGCGAAGAAGACGGCGGCCGCCACAGAGGGCUAA